GUCUAAUGGGACACAGCCAUGUGGUUGGAGUGUGUGUAUUGCACCCUGUAUUAUUAAUUGAUUGGUACUAAGUAUUUCAGCAAGUAACUUCCAGGGCUUCCAGAACUGCCCAAGUGGCUGUGAUCGCAAAUUAAUUCACCAGAACCACUUGCUCAAGAUAAACCCCUCUGAACAAGCACAUUUCUGAGCUUCUUUCUUGCUUAAACUGCAACCCCUUGGACGAGGACACGAGGCUUGACUCCAUUUUCAUCAGAAGGCUGAUUUAUUAUGUUGUAUAUUAUACUAAAAUACUACAUUACAACUAUACUAAAAGAACAGAGAGAAGAAGAUCAGAAGGCUACAAAGACAAGAAUAGAAUAGGAAUGAAUAACAAAAAUCCUGUGACUCUCACAGCCCCGGCACAGGUGGCUGUGAUGGGUCACUGAUUGAAAACAAUCUACAUGAACCAAUGGAAGAUGCACCCGCGGCAUUCCACAGCAGCAGAUAGCCAUUGUUUACAUUUCUUUCCUGAGGCCCUCAGCUCCUCAGGACAGGAAAAAUCCUAGCAGAUGCUUUUUCACUAAAAAUCCUGGCAACACUUCUUGCUGUUUUUUGUUUUUGUUAUUGUUUUUGGUUUGGUUUUUUGUUUGGUUUUUUUUUGUUUGUUUCCUUUCAGCUGCUUCCCUCUAAGUUCCAGCAGGAGAAGUUUCUCAGCACAAAGAAGGAGGCCAGCACUGGGGGGAGUAUUCUGCCCAGAAUUGGCCCAUGGAUAGACCUGAGCAAGAAUGGUCCAAAGCUGCCGUCAGCUGCCCCGAAACAGAGCUUGUUUCAGGUUUCCCCACCAGAGAUGGUGUUUCAGAACUUCGUGGCUCGGGAGGUCUCUGAAAUGGUGCUGUCUGUGACGAAUAAGGACAAGAUUCCUCGGCUGGUGAAGGUGUGCAUGGAGAGCUGCCCUUAUUUCCAGCUGGCGUGCCCCAGGGGUGUGUACCACACGGUGCCAGCAGGCGCCUCUGCCCCGUGCGCAUCCACUUCAGCCCCUAGGAGAACAAGGAUUAUUCCCACGAGCUCACCUGCAUCACUACAAGGGGAAGGAUAGUGGUGCCAAUUCGGGCCAUUGCUGCCCGAGCUGUCCUGGACUUCCCUGAGCAGCUGGACUUCUCCAGGUGUCCAGUCAAGAGCAGCAGCCAGAAGACUCUGCUGCUCCACAACUCUGGGAACCUGGAAGCUCGUUUCCAGCUGAGCACCCAGAGGCAGAGUCUUUUUGGGCAGUCACAGAGAGAGCUGUGCCUGGAAAAAUUAAUGGAGGAGAAAGAAACAGGGAAGGAGAAGGGCUCUUGUGAAGAUCGUGCUGCCCUCCUGAGAGCCCCAGGGGAGAUGGCAAAGGUGCACCAGGACCCCAUGUUCUCUGAUGACGUUUCUUUCAUUGAGCCAAUGGUGAACCUGAUCAACCAAGGAGCUCUUGAUGCUCCCUUCAGCUACAUCCCUUCGGCCACAAAGGUGGGCUUGGGCUUCAAGUUGGCACCCCAGGAGGGCAUCAUUGCAGCAGGUGGGAGCCAGACUCUCCAGAUCUCCUUCAGUGCCACCGUGUUGGGGAGGUUUGAGGAAGAAUUCCGGUUCAGUCUGGCUGGAUCUCCUACGCCUGCCAUCCUGACCAUCAAGGGCAGCGUCACUGGACCCAGUUUGCACUUCGACCUCCCUGAGCUCGACUUUGGGGACAUCUCCUUUGGUGAGUGCUGCCUGGGCUGGGACACAGCGGGAGGGAUCUGUGCCUUCCAAGGGAAAAGCAUCCCUCCCUCCUGCUCUGCCCCAGCAGCCUCUUCAGGGUGGGAACUGCAGGGCUGCUGGUGCUGCAGGGAGCAUUUGGCCAUUGUCAGAUCAAACAGAAGCAAGGCAUAGAAAGUCAGGAUUUUCUGGUGUCUGUCCUGCUUGAAAAGACAGAUGUCUGCCAAGGAAGGUGGGAAUCUUCCUGGAAUGGAAAGAUGAGCCCCUCCCUCCAAAUGAUGAUACCUUUGAAAUUACAGAGCUCAAACGAUGGGGAAAGGAAUAACAGUUCUUUCCUAGACUAUAUCAGGAGAGCCCAGAGAACAAG